AUGGCUUCUGCAACGCACGGUAAACCCCAUGUCGCGUUUCUGCACCCGGACCUCGGGAUUGGCGGGGCAGAGAUGCUUAUAAUGAAUGUUGCACUCAGCUUGCAAGAUGGGGGGCACAAUGUCGAGAUUCUCACGUCACAUUUCGACCCGAAACACGCAUUUACUGCAGCGCAAGACGGUACGCUAAAGGUUGUGCAUGCAAAGACUUGUAUCCCGCGAUCGAUUUUCCAUAUGCUGCACCUGCCUAUGGCGAUUAUGCAGCAGCUGUCUCUUGUGUUCCAGGUUUACUUUGCCGCACGGUACGCGUCGCUCGCCGAGACGCGGCCAAAAUUGUACAAUGCACUGUGCAGUGUAGCGCCGCAGCCGUUUGCGGACGUGUACGUCGUCGAUCAGCUCUCGAUUGCAGUUCCACUGAUUCGGCUGCUAUAUGGGCGGCGCGUGUUGUUCUAUUGCCACUUUCCGGAUAAGAAAAUUAGCGCAUCGCUUGCGCAGCAAGCCGGCACGCACGGGCUGUUUGCCCUUGUGCGUCGCCUCUACCGAGCACCGUUGGACCUGCUCGAGGAAGUCACUACUGCGUUUUCCGACGUGAUCGUCGCGAACUCCAAGUUUACCGCGCGCCAUUUCCGCGAUGCAUUCCCGCGGAUCAGACAAAAGCCGCUGGUUGUGUACCCCGGCGUUGCGGAGGCAGAGUUUGAUCCGAUGCGCGUCGAAAAAGAACUGGAAGUGCUCGAAGAGCGCGAUACCGGGAGUGUACAGCGGCAGAUGCACAUCGCUGUGCAGCUGGUCCUGAACCGCAAGGACUCGCCGACGUUUGUCUCUGUGAACCGUUUUGAAGCGAAAAAGAAUAUAGCGCUCGCGCUCGAUACCAUUGCUAUGCUGCGGCAGAAGAAUACACGACGUGUCCGUCUCAUCUGUGCGGGUGGGUACGAUCCGCGCGUGCGCGAUAACAUUGAUACGCUGCGCGCGUUGGAACAGCGCGCCAAGGAACGCGGGCUCACGUUUCGCACCUUGUGGUACAAGCCGCGCGAGUUUGAGCCGCCCAUCUCGCCGCCUUCUGCAACAGAGCUUGCGAAUGCCGACGUGCUCUUCUGCCCGUCGUUCCCGGGGCCCAUGCUGCGUGCACUGCUGCUUUCCCCGGCGGUGCUAGCGCUACUAUAUACGCCGACCGACGAGCAUUUCGGGAUCGUGCCUGUGGAGGCCAUGGCUUGUGGUGUUCCUGUGAUUGCGACCAACACUGGCGGGCCGCUCGAGACGAUCGUGGAUGCAGAGGUCGAUGCGGACGGCACCAUGCGUCAGAAAGACGCAACGGGCUUUCUCCUCCCGCCCAACCCAGCAUUGUGGGCAAAUGUGUGCAAUACCUUGCUCCACUGGGAUAUUUCCAAUCGCGAAACAAUCUCGGUCAAUGCCAAGCGCCGUGUCAAGGAUACCUUUUCUGUCAAUGUCAUGCGCGAUACAUUCAACCGCUGCGUCGACGCGCUUGGCCACCGGACGCAAGUAACAUGGUUUGAGCGCGUCCUCUCCUUCUUGCCGGUCCUCGCCGUGUUGCUUAUGCUUAAUGGGGCAUUGUGUGCGAUGGUAUGGCUGUUCUUGUGGGUCGUGUAG